GCUCCGCGGGGGCGGAGGCAGCGAGCGGGCGGGGGGGGGGCGGGCGCGCGCCUCCCCAAGCGGCGCCCCCGGUCCUGACGGCGCUUCCGGGCGGGGGAGCCGGGAUGUGCGUCCGGGUUGGGUCGGCCACAGCGAGCGGUUUCCUCUCGCUUUCCCUCCUUCUCCCCGUCCCCGCGUCCCUCCCUCCCUCCCUCGCCCUCGCCGAGGUGGAGCCGCCGCCGUGCCUCUGAGGGAGCGCCGCCCGCCCCGCUCCUGCAAGGGCCAGAGGCAACCCAGAAACAUGAUCUGCCCGGGUGACCGGGGAGCCCAGCGCUUCCAGCCCGGGGUGCGGGUGUGUGGUGAUGGGCAAAGUCUGUCACACAGAAUCGAUAGUUGCCUGAAUAACCUAGAGAGUCACUUAGGCUACAAAGAUGUUGGAAGAAGACAUGGAGGUGGCCAUCAAGGUGGUGGUAGUAGGAAAUGGAGCUGUUGGAAAGUCCAGUAUGAUUCAGCGAUAUUGCAAAGGGAUUUUUACAAAAGACUACAAGAAAACUAUUGGUGUAGAUUUCUUGGAAAGACAAAUCCAAGUUAAUGAUGAAGAUGUCAGGCUAAUGUUAUGGGACACUGCGGGUCAAGAAGAAUUUGAUGCAAUAACUAAGGCCUACUAUAGAGGAGCCCAGGCUUGUGUUCUUGUGUUUUCUACAACUGACAGAGAGUCCUUCAAAGCAAUCCCUAUCUGGAAGGAGAAAGUCGUGACCGAAGUUGGAGACAUUCCCACAGUUCUUGUGCAGAAUAAGAUUGAUCUUCUUGAUGACUCUUGUAUAAAGAACGAAGAGGCAGAAGCACUGGCAAAAAAGCUAAAAUUAAGGUUCUACCGAGCAUCUGUGAAGGAAGACCUAAAUGUAACGGAAGUUUUUAAGUAUUUGGCUGAUAAAUAUCUUCAAAGGCUCAAGCAACAAACAACUGAAGAUCCAGAACUAAUACAUACAAGCAGUAACAAGAUCGGUGUGUUUAAUACAGCUGGUGGAAGUCGCUCCGACCAAAAUUCUAGCACUCUUAAUGGUGGAGAUGUCAUCAACCUUCGACCAAACAAACAGCGGACCAAGAAAAACAGAAGUCCUUUUAGCAGCUGCAGCAUCCCUUAGACCACUUUUGGAGGGAAAAAACCCAACCCAGUGAGUUGGAUGAAGUUGUGCAAUUGAGUACAGAAUAAAGCCAGCUGUAGAGGUAUUUUUACCAGUGCUUUAGCAAAUCUUGUGCCUAUGGGAUCCUUGAUAGAGGGUGGAUUUAUAUAAACUUGCUGAUGCAGUGUUUUCUGGUGUGUAGAGUGAGACACCUGGCGGCAAAACACAGAACCGUGGCUGCCCCGUGCACUUUGUAAAAAUUAGGCAAGCUGCUCCUUUUUCAAGGAAGUAUUUACAGAGCUGGGAACUAGGUAUCGCUGAAUUGCAAAGCACGUGUAACGUAAGGGUAACACUUACAAGUAUAGGUACAGACCAGAACACUAUGGCCCAAGGUAAAGUAGCAACCUUGCAACUACAUUUCAAAGAAAAUGUUAGAAUAGAAUAGUCAGGACAGUAAGAAGAUAAACGAAGAGCAAAAAGAAGACACUACAUUUUCUGCCUGACUAUAUUAACACGGAUUCUGGCAGUUCUGUCGGUGCAAUAUACUUGUCUUAUGUAUAUGAGUGCUAAGGUGUAUGUGUAAACUUUUGGUAGGAACAUUUAGGCUAAAUGCCAGUGUAUACGUUACUUGGAGAUCAGCUAACGAUCGUAAAAUAGCAUCUUCAAAAAAAAAUUUCCAUUAAAAACGUUGCAUUUCAGAUGAGGCUUUCCCAGCUGCCACUGUGUACGUUUAACUUGCUAUACUUUGGGCCUAAAAGCUUAGAUUUAAAACUGUAUGGUGCCAAAAAUGCUCCUUCCUUUUACCUAACGCUGUGCUACAGGUGUUCUUGUAAAUUUGUUUUUCUCAGUCUUAACAGGUUGAACAAAUAACACAGCCUUUGACACUAACAGCUAUUCGGGAGGGAUGUAAAAUAUAAUCAUAUUCCUGUUUAAAUUUGAUGGUUAUAUCCCGUUUUGCCUCUGAAAAAGGAACUUGCAAAGUGGUGUCACAAGAUAUUUAUCCUCUUUGGAAAAACUUUCCAUAGAUACCAUCAACUACAUUAUGGAGGGUCCAAAAAAUUGCAGCUGAUGACUGAAUUAUGUUAACGAGAUGUUCCUGACUGUCAUCUCAGAUUCUAAGUUAGCUGCUGGUUGCAGAAAAUCUAAUUCUGCAAGAUCAGAGACAUGGCGAGAAUUUUUCAAAGUGCUGAAGUAACUUCACAGAAUUGAUUUAGAUGUUUAGGAGCCCAAAUCUAAAUUAAAGUUAUUUGGGCUUAGGCUCCUAAAUCACUAAGGUGCUUUUAAAAAUGCCAAGCAAGAUAUCUUUUAUUUACCAAAAAUAAACACUUUAUAACCCUCUUCAAGAACAUGCAUGCCUUUUAAAAACUAUCCAUUUUGUUUACAUGUUUUUGUAUGGUAUGAUCUAAUUUUAACUUUCUAGGAUUUCUACAACAAAUCUGCCGGUGACAAAUGCAAAAUAUGCUGCUUGAAAAAAUUCAGAGUUUUAAUAGUUUUUUAAAUGGUGUAUGAGAAUGAAAAUGAGUCGAGUGAUCCUGUAUAUUUUUGGAGGAAGGAUUUUUCACUGUGUGAAUUGAUGUAGGAAGCUUGACUUACUUUGUUUUUCUAAGUCAAUGAGUGUGAAAACUGAAAUGUACUCUUUUUCCCACUGUCUGCAGGGAGAGAAGUGGGUGGCAAGUUAUGCACAAACACUAAAGGUCUCUGAACUCUUUUGUGUGUUUACUAUACCAGACUUUCUACCGCGUACCGUUGUUUCUUUGACAAGCUGUUAGAGCAUCUCUCGUUGCUGGCAAGAAGGCGGCCUUCAAGGCGCUUGAUCCCCUUUGCUAUUGCAGCGAAACCGUGUGUUCUUCACCGUAAUGUUUCCUGUAUUUUCUCUCGGAUAAAGGCCUUUAUUUUUUAACAAGUGCAUUUAAUCACUGUAUGUGUGUAUAAAUGGAGUCAGGUCCUCGCUGUCUUGGCAAUUUAAGAAGUAAGGUACUUAGGAUAAAACUUAGGAUCAUACAUCACGGGGCUGCCUCACAACUUCAGGCCGUGGGGUGGAGUGUGUGCAUGAAGGAUUUUGACAACUGUUUUUAGUAUGGAAACUUCUACAUUUCGUUGUCUGUCUGCCAGUUUCACAUUUUUUAUUCAUUUUUCUUGAAAAAGAAACAAAACCACAAAGUGUCUGGAGCAUCUCUUUUGCCUUGUUUGACUUUGUACAGAGUACUGAAAAAAUAAUUCUUUAUUAUGUCUAAUGACCGUUUGUACUACCGCAUAAGUUGUUUGUGUUUAAGGUCUGUCAUUACAAACCACUGUUUCAUGGACUGAAAACUCAGUAGACAUUUUCAUAGGUGGGGACCUGACAGACUUGCUAAAUUUAGGAUACGUUCAAAUUUAGUACAGGUGCUUCAAGAUAGGAACAUAUAUUUGCAGCAUUGGGUAGCGGUGAGUUGGAAUUUCAUUCCCACCUUAAAUGUAAAGCAGCUCGCUCGUUGUGACUUCGCAGUGCUUGUUCUCCAGUACGACUGAGGUGGAGGCUGUCCGAAUUAGUGUUUUUCUAGAAGUGCUCUGCAUGUACGCUAUUUGAAAACGUCAUUUUUAUCCUACUGGGGUUAGCGUGUAGAUGUAAACCAGACGACUUGCGUAUUGCAGGAAUCCUUAGGUAUUCUCAUCGCUCUUCAGUGGAAGCGACUUCUGCCUGCUGGAUGAAGAGACGUGCCUAAACGUUUAGCGCUCGCAUUGUCCUUUGUGAAUAACUUUUGUUAGAAUCAUUGCCCUGUUCUCCAGUCAAAGCAUCCUCGUUAAAUUAUCAUGUGUUUUAGUUACCAAAGCCUACAGGUGCAGGGCUGGUAAUAAAGAUGCCCUUCUCUGUGCACCUGUGUUGACCGUGUGGUGGAGGAGGAUGUAGCUCUGUUACACCCGUGGCAGAUCCGCACCCCGGACUAGGAGCAACACAUGCUCCUACCACAAGACACAAAGUUUUGUUCUGAGAGUCGAAGCUAAUUGCACUCCUCUUCUGUCUGCUAAUAUCUCUUGAACCAAUCACCGGAUGUAUUAUCUGAAUCUUGCCAAAACCCUUUGCGUUCAGUGGAACAGCAGAAAACUUCAGUAAUUGUUAAGGCCUUCGUGAAAUAAGCAUUCACUAAAGAGUACGACGCUGAAGCAUCUGUCGCUGCCGCGUUGUAUCCAUUCAGUGAAUGGGUGUUCUCCCGGUAGGUGGGGCAUCAUUUGGUGCAAAGCGGUAACGCUAGGGAUGUAUUUCCAACUGGAAAUAACAAAUCUCAGAGUUGUGAGACUGAUCACACUAAGACUUUUGUGCUUGUGUGUGUCUGGUUAAUUUUAAAAACAAAUGGAAAUAUUCCACUUAAGGCAAUUUUGGAACUUUCUUAUUUUCAGUGCUUCUUAAGGCAGUGCUUAUAGUUUUGAGUCAAAAUGCCUGAAUUACCAUACUGUCAGCCUGAUUUCCUGUUUAAUUUUUUUAUGCUUCAGUAAAAUUUGUCCUUUUUUUAUUUUGUCUCCACAUUACUGGGCUACAGCAUACCUGACACGUAGUUUUCUUGUGCAUCGCAUCUGCAGAUGCACAUUAUGCUAAAGGGAACCGAGCAGCCCAACACCUUGUACUGCCUGGAGGUUAUGCAGGGCUACCUGCGUAACACUCUGCGAACGUGCACUUUGAACGUGUUCGUUCAUCUGUUCACGUUGAUAGCUGCCAGUUAAUACUAGAAUUAAUUAUUUGCACUGUGGGAGUUCAGUCACACAGCAUGCUAGCAGACACGCUUGUUGGAUCCCGGUGCCGGUACCUGAACCCCUGCUGCUUUUCUGAACAUAACUGUAGACCUUUGGCUGUAGUUGCAGAACCUGAACAGUGAUUGUGCCUAAGCUGGAGAGCAAGCGUGGCCCCACAGCUUGAUUUCAUCAGAACUACCUUGCCAUCUUUUUGUAGGAAGCAACAGUUGUGCAUAGUCGUCGUCUUAAUGCUCAAGGAGUACUGAGAGAAGAACAUGUUUCUCUCUGUUAAAUACGCCAUCCGAACAGGUAGUUCAAAUUAUAGAAGAAAAAAUGCAGCAAUGUUUAGAUUUAAAAUGAAAGGCACUACAACAGAAUAAGAGAAACUUUCAAACAGUUCCAUGUCAAAGUGUUCUGUGUGAGUCGUCUCAAGGCCAGGUGAGCCCUCGUACUGAACUGGGCUCGUUCUCAGGUUUCUGGCAGCAGGGUGAUACUGAUAAAUAGUUUGUGGAGUGGCUGCUCGUUCUUUUCCUGCUGAGAUAAAUGUGGUUCAGCAGAACUGACCAAAGUUGGUCAAAAAAAGGCAAAAUUAAUCCAGACUGGGAGAAAAACCGCUCUCCUUGCUAGAAUAAAGACUCAUCGUUACUAAUAAACGAUUUACUCUUAUUUGCAAGUUCACGUGAAUCUGAAUGGUUAAAACAGAUGAUGUACAUACCUGUUCUUAUCACCGUCGUGAUCUCAAGUAAAUGUAAUAUAUUUUUAGAAAAAAAAAAGUCAACCUAACUUAGAGUAAAUCCUCAAGUGGAAAAAUAAAUGUUUAAAACUGAUUAUUCUGUGUAUGCCUGUAAAAUCCCCAUGAGUUAAUUCUGCUGUUCUCUUGUAAGUGACAUGAGUUGUAUCAUGCAACUUGAACAUGUUUAUCUGAUUACUGUUUGACCUGAUACAGGUCACUACUUCUGUGGUUCUGUUAAACUGUCAGUGUAUUAAAUCACAAAAAAAAUUGCUAUAACCCUGUAGCCGUGCAACCUGAAUCCGCUCCAGAAACUCAUGUGCCUGAUUCGAGUCUGCAUGUUGCGAACAGUCGGGAUCCGGGGCAGCACAGGUGCUCUCCAAGGAUGAAGUGUGGGCAUCCCAGCCUAACAGAAAUGCUCUUCCUGAGCUCCUGCCUCCAAUUUCUCCACCGCACGGUCCAAAUACAAAAAUACGGAUUCUGUUCUCCUCUU